GGAGCUUUCUGGGCGAGACGGUCUGAUUGGCUAGUCAGUCUGCCCAUCACAGAGUAGGGUCUUGGAAAGUUUCAUUCAAGGUGAAGAAGUGUUGGGGGAAAGAAUACAAUUGCAGUCCUGCAUUAACUCGAGGGGCAGCCCGCUGCUGCUGCAGCAGCAGCAUUAGCAGGAGAAACAGAAGACCAGCAGGAAUCAGUGGGCUGGUAAUUUGGACUGCUCUUUUUCUUUUCUUUUCUUUUUUUUUUCUUUUCUUUUUUUUUUAAGGGAAUGAAAGCGGACAACUCGAGCAAAAGCCAGACGUUGUUAGCUAUGUAGAUAAGCUCUCUUUGGAGGGCUGAUUCAAAAUAACGACCCAAUAAAUCAACCAAUAAUGCAAAAUCUAUAGUGCAUGGGGAUGGUUUUGCUCCGUUGGCUAUCAGAAUCUGGGUCUUUUUGGCCGGAGGCUGAAGGGGCGUUCCGACUGAGGUCUACUGUGCGCUCUGGAGCUCCCCGGCGUGACGGGUCUGGAGCAAGGAAUUUCUAGAAGGCAGCUGAGCAGCCCCGCUCUCCGGCUUCAGAGACUCAGGACCUACUCUAGGCAGCGGGGCAAGGAAACCUGCUUCGGGGGUGGGGUGAGGACCGAGGAGGAAGGCAAGGGCAGGAAAGGAAAGCGUGAGACUUCCGAGGGUAUCUGUCUAUCAAAAACGCCCUGUUCUUGUGACUAACUUCAAGAAGACUGAAAAGAGGAAAGCACUGGCUUUUCAGAACCCCCCCCUACCUCACCCCCUCCGAAAUCAACAAAACAAAAGAAAAAUAACAACCUAGCAUACUCACUGCAACCAAAAAGCCCAUCAGGAUCCAACCCCAGACUCCAAAGGACACCUUGAAGAAACACUGACCUGAGAUGUUAAAUUAAUUCAUGGGCUACUCCCUUGAUGUGGGGAGUUUGCUGAGGUGUCUACUGCAAAAAGUCUACUGAAAGAGAGAGAAAAAAAGAGAGAAAAGCUACUGAGGAGAGAGAGAGAGAGAGAGAGAGAGAGAGAGAGAGAGAGAGAGAGAGAGAGAGAGAGAGAGAGAGAGAGAGAAUGUUUGACCAAAUGAGAUCAGUCUCGGGCAGGACCACCUAGAUUGUCAUGGGACUGUCCUCAGGGCAGUGACUUAGCCUAGCUUUGCGUUUUCACUAUUGUCACCGCCGCUUGGAUCCCAGGUUCCCUUCCGAAGUGCCCCCGAAGCGAUGGCCUCAGAAGUGGUCUGUGGACUGAUCUUCAGACUUCUGCUCCCUAUCUGUCUGGCAGUUGCGUGUGCUUUCCGGUAUAAUGGGCUAUCAUUUGUCUACCUCAUCUACCUCUUGCUCAUUCCUCUGUUUUCAGAACCCACCAGAACAACAAUGCAAGGGCAUACUGGACGCUUGUUAAAGUCUCUGUGUUUCACUAGUCUAUCAUUCCUGUUACUACAUAUCAUCUUUCAUAUUACAUUAGCUAGCCUGGAGGCUCAACGUCGGAUCUCACCCAAUUACAACUGCUCAACAUGGGAGAAGACAUUUCGUCAGAUUGGCUUUGAAAGCUUGAAGGGAGCAGAUGCUGGCAAUGGGAUCAGAGUAUUUGUACCAGAUAUUGGAAUGUUCAUUGCUAGUUUGGCCACAUGGUUGGUUUGCAGAAAUAUAGUUCAAAAGCCGAUGUCUGAAGAUUCAGCCCAGUACAACAUGCAGUUUGAAAAUGAAGAAAUGGCUGGAGGGGAAAAGGCAGAUUCAGAAGAAGCCUUGAUAUAUGAAGAGGAAUUAGAUGCAGGAGAUGCUGUUGAAGGGGAAUUGGAAGAAAGUACCAAAUUAAAAAUAUUGCGUAGGUUUGCUUCGCUUGCUUCCAGAUUGAAAGAGUUCAUUGGCAACAUGAUCGCCACCGCUGGAAAAGUUGUUGUGACCAUCUUACUUGGUUCAACAGGUAUGAUGUUACCAUCUUUGACUUCAUCUGUAUAUUUCUUUGUAUUUUUGGGACUGUGCACAUGGUGGUCUUGGUGCCGAACUUUUGACCCACUGAUAUUCAGCUGCCUUUGUGUGUUAAUGGCUAUCUUCUCUGCUGGACACUUGAUUGGACUUUAUUUGUACCAGUUCCAAUUUUUUCAAGAAGCAGUUCCUCCUGGAGACUACUAUGCAAGGUUAUUUGGCAUCACAUCUGUAAUUCAAACAAACUGUUCAAGCACUUGGAAGAUCAUAGUACACCCAAGAUUGUCCUGGUACCAUCAUGCCAACCCCAUCCUCUUGCUGGUGACAUACUAUACUCUGGCAACUCUAAUUCGACUCUGGCUACAAGAACCCAUUGAAAGAGUUCAAGAAGAUGAAACCAAUGAUGAAGAUAAAGAUUUGUCCUGUAGUCCUAUGCAAAUCACUGCAGAAAGACGGCGAAGUCUGUGGUAUGCAACCCACUACCCAACUGAUGAGAAAAAACUGUUGUCCAUGACCCAAGAUGACUACAAACCAUCUGAUGUCCUGCUGGUCACUGUGAAUGGCGCUCCUGUAGAUUACCAUACCAUACAUCCUAGCCUGCCUAUUGAGAAUGGGCCAGCCAAAGGUGAUAUGUAUUCUACACCACAGUACAGAUGGGAGACAUCUGAGGAAACAUCGGAAAAGAAAGAGGAAGAAGAAGAUAAGGAAGAUGAAGAUGAAGAAAAGAGUCAAGAAGAAAAGCCAAAUGUUAAAGUACAUGCCAUGGUCUCUGUGUUCCAGUUUAUUAUGAAACAGAGUUACAUUUGUGCCCUCAUUGCCAUGAUGGCUUGGAGUAUUACAUAUCAUAGCUGGCUGACUUUUGUGCUAUUGAUUUGGUCUUGCACUCUUUGGAUGAUUCGCAACAGAAGAAAAUAUGCAAUGAUCAGUUCUCCUUUCAUGGUUGUUUAUGGGAAUCUACUACUGACAUUACAGUACAUAUGGUCUUUUGACCUUGAGGAAAUUAAAGAAGUCCCAGGAUUUUUAGAAAAAAAAGCACCAACAGAACUUGCAUCAAAAAUUCUUUUCACCAUUACUUUUUGGCUGCUCCUAAGACAGCACCUCACUGAGCAAAAAGCACUUCAAUUAAAGGAAGCUCUUUUAUCUGAGGUCAAAAUCGGAAGCCAAGAAGAUGAGGAAAAAGAUGAUGAACUGCAAGACAUACAAGUGGAAGGAGAAGCCAAAGAAAAGGAAGAAGAUCAAGGAAAGAUAAAAAAGCAGGAAAGCAAAAAAGAAGAAGAGCAUGAGGAAGAAGAUGAUGACCAGGACAUCAUGAAAGUGAUGGGAAAUUUGGUGAUGGCCAUGUUCAUUAAAUAUUGGAUUUAUGUUUGUGGAGGAAUGUUCUUCUUUGUCAGCUUUGAGGGUACAAUUGUAAUGUACAAAAUCAUCUAUAUGGUGCUCUUCCUGUUUUGUGUGGCCUUGUAUCAGGUCCACUAUGAGUGGUGGAGGAAGAUACUAAAAUAUUUUUGGAUGUCAGUAGUUAUUUACACUAUGCUGGUGCUCAUAUUCAUUUACACAUAUCAGUUUGAAAAUUUCCCAGGUCUUUGGGAGAAUAUGACAGGAUUGAAUCAAAAAAAGUUAGAAGAUCUUGGUUUGAAGAAGUUUACCAUUACUGAACUAUUUACUCGCAUAUUUAUCCCAACUUCUUUCUUGCUGGUGUGUAUAUUACACCUUCAUUACUUCCAUGACCGCUUCCUAGAACUCACAGACCUAAAGUCUAUACCCAGCAAAGAGGACAACACCAUCUACAGACUGGCGAACCCAGAGGGAAGCCUCCCUGACCUUGCCAUGAUGAAUCUGACUGCAAGCAUGGAAAAGGAAGCAAUGAAGAAAAUUGAAGAGGAUGGGCAGGAUAAGACAGAAGAGUACUAUGAGGAAGAGGAAAAAGGUGGUGAUAGAAAAGAUAGUGAAGAUGAAGAAGAGGAAGAUGAAGAUGGAGAGGAGGAAUCUGAGGAAGAAGAAGAAACUUCAGAUUUAAGAAACAAAUGGCAUCUAGUAAUUGAUCGCCUCACAGUGCUAUUCUUAAAAUUCCUGGAGUACUUCCAUAAACUGCAGGUUUUCAUGUGGUGGAUUUUGGAAUUACACAUCAUCAAAAUAGUUUCAUCAUACAUCAUCUGGGUUACAGUAAAAGAGGUAUCACUCUUCAACUAUGUAUUUUUGAUUUCUUGGGCUUUUGCUCUGCCAUAUGCCCAGCUACGCCGUCUGGCUUCAAGUAUCUGCACUGUCUGGACAUGUGUGAUUAUUGUCUGCAAGAUGUUAUACCAGCUUUCCACCAUUGAUCCUGUCAAAUUUUCGGUUAACUGUACCUGGCCAAAUGAAAAUCAAACAAAUAUAAAUUUAAAAUAUUUGAACACAUCCAUACUCUACAGUGGUCCCAUUGAUCCAUCAGAGUGGGUUGGACUGAGAAAGUCAUCUCCAUUGCUUGUGUACCUCAGGAAUAAUCUACUAAUGCUAGCUAUUUUGGCCUUUGAAGUAACAAUUUACCGCCAUCAGGAAUAUUAUCGAUGUAGAAAUAAUCUUACAGCUCCUGUGUCUAAAACCAUUUUUCAUGACAUUACAAGAUUGCAUCUGGACAAUGGACUGAUCAAUUGUGCCAAGUAUUUCAUAAAUUACUUCUUCUACAAGUUUGGGUUGGAGACUUGUUUCCUAAUGUCAGUUAAUGUAAUUGGCCAGCGAAUGGAUUUUUACGCUAUGAUUCAUGCCUGUUGGCUAAUUGCUGUAUUAUAUCGACGAAGAAGAAAAGCAAUUGCUGAGAUCUGGCCAAAGUACUGCUGCUUUCUGGCAUGCAUCAUCACAUUCCAGUAUUUCGUGUGUAUUGGCAUUCCACCUGCUCCUUGUAGAGAUUAUCCAUGGAGAUAUUAUGGUGCCAGUUUUAACAACAACAUCAUAAAAUGGUUAUACUUUCCAGAUUUCAUUGUACGGCCCAAUCCAGUUUUUCUUGUCUAUGACUUCAUGCUGUUACUAUGUGCCUCCUUACAACGGCAAACUUUUGAGGAUGAAAACAAAGCUGCAGUACGGAUCAUGGCCGGGGAUAAUGUGGAAAUCUGCAUGAGCCUUGAUGCAGCCUCUUUUAGCCAACAUAAUCCUGUACCAGAUUUCAUUCACUGCCGGUCUUACUUGGACAUGUACAAAGUGGUCAUCUUUAGCUAUCUCUUCUGGUUUGUUCUCACAAUCAUCUUCAUUACUGGAACCACCCGGAUCAGCAUAUUCUGUAUGGGUUAUUUGGUGGCCUGUUUCUAUUUCCUGCUGUUUGGGGGAGAUUUGCUACUGAAACCCAUCAAAAGCAUCCUUCGCUACUGGGACUGGCUGAUUGCAUACAAUGUUUUUGUGAUUACAAUGAAAAAUAUACUGUCAAUUGGAGCUUGCGGUUACAUUGAAUCCUUGGUUAGAAACAGUUGCUGGUUGAUCCAAGCCUUUAGCCUGGCUUGUACAGUCAAAGGCUAUAAAAUGCCUCUUGAUCAUAAAGAUUGUAAAUUGCCCAGUGGUGAGGCUGGAAUUAUCUGGGACAGUAUUUGUUUUGCAUUCCUUUUGCUACAAAGAAGAGUUUUCAUGAGUUAUUAUUUCCUCCAUGUGGUUGCUGACAUAAAAGCUUCACAAAUCCUGGCAUCAAGAGGUGCUGAACUUUUCCAAGCUACAAUUGUAAAGGCUGUAAAAGCAAGAAUGGAGGAAGAGAAAAAAUCAAUGGACCAGCUCAAGAGACAAAUGGACCGCAUCAAAGCUCGGCAACAGAAAUACAAAAAGGGGAAAGAGAGAAUGCUGAGUUUGACCCAAGAGUCAGGUGAAGGACAAAGUCUUCAAAGAGUCUCUGAAGAGGAUGACGAAAGAGAAGCAGACAAACAGAAAGCCAAGGGCAAAAAAAAGCAGUGGUGGCGGCCUUGGGUUGAUCAUGCUUCCAUGGUCAGGAGUGGAGAUUAUUAUUUGUUUGAGACGGAUAGUGAAGAGGAAGAAGAGGAGGAGGAAAAAAAAGAAGAAGAACCACCAAGAAAGUCAGCAUUCCAGAGAGCUAUUGGGAAGUUUGCAUCAGCCAUUUUAGCCUUGCCAAAGUCUGUCAUUAAACUUCCUAAAACUAUUCUUCAGUAUUUAAUCAGAGCUGCAAAGUUUGUAUAUCAGGCCUGGAUUACUGAUCCUAAAACAGCUCUCCGACAGAGAAGAAAGGAGAAAAAAAGGUCUGCAAGAGAAGAGCAAAAACGGAGGAGGAAAGGAUCUGGGGAGGGGCCUGUGGAAUGGGAAGACCGAGAAGAUGAGCCAAUAAAAAAGAAAUCUGAUGGACCAGAUAACAUCAUCAAAAGGAUAUUCAAUAUUUUAAAGUUUACCUGGGUUCUGUUUUUGGCAUCAGUAGAUAGUUUUACAACCUGGCUUAACUCCAUUUCACGGGAGCACAUUGACAUAUCUACAGUGCUAAGAAUUGAGAGAUGCAUGCUGACCAGAGAAAUUAAAAAGGGCAAUGUUCCAACUCGAGAGAGCAUCCAUAUGUACUAUCAGAACCAUAUUAUGAAUCUUUCUAGAGAAUCGGGACUGGACACAAUUGAUGGAAAUCCUGGUGCUGCUUCAGGCUUAAAAACAGCCCGAAGGAUGGAUAGCUUAGAUUCUCAUGACAGUAUCUCCAGCUGCUACACUGAAGCAACCAUGCUGUUCUCAAGGCAAUCCACCCUUGAUGAUUUAGAUGGACCAGAAACUGUUCCUAAAACAAGUGAGCGUGCCCGACCUAGGCUUCGUAAAAUGUACAGCAUGGAUAUGUCCUCUUCAUCAGCUGACAGUGGCAGUUUAGCAUCAAGUGAGCCCACACAAUGUACCAUGCUAUAUUCUCGCCAGGGGACAACUGAAACCAUUGAGGAAGUAGAAGCAGAGCAUGAAGAAGAAGUAGUGGGCCCCCUACCUGAGCUAAAAGAUGAAGAAGAUGAUGAGUAUGAUGAGGACUCAGUGGAGGUAGAUCUCACCUCAGAUGCUGAGUUGCCACAGUAUUCUACUAUGGACACCAUGGAUACAAUGGAUACUGUGGAUGGUGAUGUAGAAGCCCCACCUUCCUACAGCAAAGCAGUGAGCUUUGAACACCUCUCCUUUGACUCCCACGAUGUGUCUGAUGAUAAGAACCACAUGGUAGUGAGUCCAGAUGACAGCCGGACAGAUAAGUCGGGGUCAAGCAUUCCGCUACCACUGACACAUGAGCUAACAGCCAGUGAGCUUCUUUUAAACAAGAUGUUUCAUGAUGAAGAACUAGAAGAGUCAGAAAAAUUUUAUGUUGAUCAACCCCGAUUCUUGCUCUUGUUUUAUGCUCUCUACAACACGCUAGUGGCCCGCUCAGAAAUGGUGUGUUACUUUGUGAUUAUCCUCAAUCAUAUGAUCUCAGCUUCCAUGAUUACCCUUGUACUUCCUAUCCUUAUCUUCCUCUGGGCCAUGCUGUCAGUCCCAAGACCCAGUAGGCGUUUCUGGAUGACAGCCAUUGUAUAUACAGAGGUGGCCAUUGUCAUCAAAUAUUUCUUCCAAUUUGGUUUCUUUCCCUGGAACAAGAAUCUGGAUUUCUACAAAGACAAACCAUACCAUCCACCAAACAUCAUUGGAGUGGAGAAAAAAGAGGGUUAUGUGCUUUAUGAUCUUAUUCAGCUCCUGGCUCUGUUCUUCCACCGAUCAAUUUUAAAGUGUCAUGGCUUAUGGGAUGAAGAUGAUACUGUUGAUACUGGAACCAAUAAAGAUGAUUCUGAUGAUGAACUCUCACUAAACAUGGGAAGAAGAGAUUCCUCGGACUCAAUGAAAUCUGUCAAUCUUGCAGCAUCAGUGGAAUCAGUCCAUGUCCACUUCCCAGAGCAACAGGCGGCCAUCAGAAGGAAGAGCUCCAGCAGCAACUCACAUCUAUCCCACAGAUCUAGUUUCUCCUCAAAUAGGUCUAAGAGAGGCAGCACCAGCACUCGGAACAGUAGUCAAAAAGGCAGCAGUGUCCUCAGCAUUAAACAGAAGAGUAAAAGGGAACUGUAUAUGGAAAAGUUCCAAGAACACUUCAUCAAAGCAAAAGCUUUCACCAUAAAGAAGACCCUCCAAAUAUACGUGCCCAUCCGGCAGUUCUUUUAUAACCUCAUCCACCCAGACUACAGCGCUGUGACGGAUGUGUAUGUGCUGAUGUUCCUCGCUGACACCGUGGACUUCAUCAUCAUUGUGUUUGGCUUUUGGGCUUUUGGGAAACACUCUGCAGCGGCAGACAUCACAUCCUCACUGUCUGAGGACCAGGUCCCCGAGGCGUUCUUGGUAAUGGUGCUCAUUCAAUUUGGAACCAUGGUGGUAGACCGAGCAUUAUAUCUCCGGAAGACUGUCCUGGGAAAGGUGAUUUUCCAGGUCAUUCUGGUGUUUGGAAUACACUUCUGGAUGUUCUUCAUCUUGCCAGGUGUGACUGAGAGGAAAUUCAGCCAGAACCUGGUUGCUCAGCUUUGGUAUUUCGUGAAAUGUGUUUAUUUUGGCCUGUCUGCCUACCAGAUUCGCUGUGGCUAUCCAACUCGGGUACUAGGAAACUUCCUCACCAAAAGUUAUAAUUAUGUCAACCUCUUCUUAUUUCAAGGGUUCCGCCUGGUUCCAUUUUUGACUGAAUUGAGAGCCGUGAUGGACUGGGUGUGGACAGACACAACUCUGAGCCUUUCCAGCUGGAUCUGUGUAGAAGAUAUUUAUGCUCACAUAUUCAUUCUGAAGUGUUGGCGGGAAUCUGAAAAAAGAUAUCCCCAGCCCAGAGGACAGAAGAAAAAGAAAGUUGUGAAGUAUGGCAUGGGAGGCAUGAUCAUUGUCCUAUUGAUUUGUAUUGUCUGGUUCCCCCUCCUUUUCAUGUCCCUAAUCAAAUCUGUUGCUGGGGUCAUCAACCAGCCCCUGGAUGUCUCUGUCAAAAUAACCCUGGGAGGGUAUCAGCCUAUUUUCACUAUGAGUGCUCAACAGAGCCAGCUGAAAGUUAUGGAGCCAGCUAUGUUUAAAUCAUUUCUAAAGAAUCACUCAACAAAUACAAAUGCUAUGCAAUUUCUGGAAAAUUAUCAAAGAGAAGACAUAACAAUAGUAGAACUGGAAGGAAAUUCAAAUUCUUUGUGGACCAUCAGCCCUCCCAGUAAGCUGAAAAUGAUAAACGAACUCACGGAUUUUAAAAAUAGCUUCUCUCUUGUUUUUUCAUGGAGUAUUCAGAGAAAUAUGAGUCUGGGUGCAAAAGCAGAAAUAGCAUCAGAUAAGCUUUCUUUUACUCUUGAAAAUGAGACCAGAAUUUCUAUCGCUCAGAUGAUGUCUGACUCCAAAUUUACAGCAAUACCAGCGACCAUAAAAGGAAUAUAUCCAUAUUACCUCAAAGCUCCCAGUGAUGCCAAUACAAAACCCAUAAAGCAGCUUUUAAAAGAAAAUAAUUUUAAAGAUAUCACAAUCAUUCUGCGCCGAGAUAAUAAGAGUGUAAUCGAGAAUGAGUGGUGGGUACUUGAUCUGCUUGGAAAUAAGUUACUUAACCAAGAUCAGAAAGGUUUGGAAUUGGUGGUUUUCAAUGACAAAGUCAGCCCUCCCAGUCUUGGAUUUCUUGCCGGCUAUGGUAUUAUGGGACUGUAUGCUUCUGUCGUCCUUGUGAUUGGAAAAUUUGUCCGUGAAUUCUUCAGUGGAAUCUCUCACUCCAUAAUGUUUGAAGAACUACCAAAUGUAGAUAGAAUUUUGAAAUUGUGCACCGACAUUUUCUUAGUGAGAGAGACAGGGGAACUGGAACUAGAGGAAGACUUAUAUGCCAAACUGAUAUUCCUGUAUCGCUCACCAGAGACAAUGAUCAAAUGGACUAGAGAAAAAGACAACUGAUGCAAUGAGAAACAAAAUGCAAAAAAAAAUGACAUUUAAUUUUUUUAAAAGCACAAAAUUCUCAGAAGAAUCAAGUGUUUUCUAGUUGGGCAUUGAUGGCCUCUCCUAGAUCUCUUGGAAACCAUGCCACCUUUCCAAAUAAGGGAUGAUGGUGAAGCUUGGUUUUGAUAUUUUUUAAUUCCAUUUCUCUCAAACCACAGGAACUUGCUUUACAAUGUUGUCAGCUGUGUCUGGCAUUCAGUGUGGCCAAGCAAAGAGCCAUAUUUAUGAAUUCAGAGAGGACCAAGAGGGAAAAGAACAAAAAUAAAAGAUGCCCCAUGGAUGGUUUAACUGAGCUUAUGAAGGUGACACAGUUUGAGAUGUACAAAGUCCAGUUUUCUAUCAAUAACUGUGAAGAAGCCAUGAUGGAAAAGCGGGAGACCUCCAGCAUGCAAGCAAUGGGGAAUAACAAUAUGGGGCUCAGAGUCUCUUCACCCUAUCUGUUUCUGGCAAAACAGAGCUAUUGAGACCUCAAAUAGAGGACAAGCCUCACUCUAAGCAAAAAGAUAAUCUUAGUGAUAAUCUCUUACUGCCUUAUUUUAUUUGAAAAAAAUCAUAGGAAGAAAAUUUCCAUUAAACAUCAAUGACUUCUCAGGAAAAAAAAAUCAAAAACAACAGUAAAACCCAUUUUGCUAAGGUCCCACUAAACUCUAACACCAAUGACGACGACUGUUCUAUGAGGUUAUUUGCUUCUCAGAGUUACUGCUCCUCAUUAGACAUAGACAUGCAGUAUAAAUUAAGGCAACCUGAUUAUAUAAGGAGCACUUUGAAUUUAUAAAUCUUUAAUAACUGAGGUCAUAAGCAUUCUCCUGCCUUUUCCCCAUCCUUUACCAUGCUUUUUCCCCAUUUUGAUGAUUUAAGGCAAUGGUUUUUCCACUCUAUGACAUUUUCCUUCCAGUUUUUCAGGUAUACCAAAGUGUUUACAUAUGCCAAUUCACAUUUUUACAUCCAAGACGGGUUUUUUAAGUUCAUAAUUAUGAAAGAAGUUAUGUAUAUGAGCUUGGGGAAAAUAAAAUGGCCUUUUCUUAAAUUAUUAUUAUUGGUGAUACAACCUCUUCAUUAAAGAACAAUAUAGCAUGAAGUUAUGAUUGAAAUGUAGUUUUCAUUACAUGUUAACUUAUGGUUUCAGAGAAGAACCAUUGAAUAAACUGAGGUAUGUGAAAAGUUUAUCCCAGGUAGUUUGGGUUUGGGAAUGACACAAAAAUAAAGCCAUGUUGUACAGUCAUUUUAAAGAUAUUCAUUAUUCUGCCAUUUUGCAUGGAAUUUAUGAAAAGGGUAUGAGGGAAGUAUUUAUCCGCAACAUAUAGCCAGGAAUGAAGAAAACCCCAAUGGAGAUGAAGAGUCAUGUGUUUUCCUCUUUGCUGCUGUGUAUGAAUAAUGUAAUAGGUUGCUACCUAGAAAUUAUCAAGGUCCUAAAUUCUAAAGAGAAAAACUAUUAUAGUGAAUAUAGAGCUUUAACAGCAGAAUUCAAAUAAUGUUCAGCGCUUCCAAAUAAAUAUUACACAUUUGUUAUUAUACUGUGAAAAGUAUCACACGUUCGACCCUCCACGUGGCAUCUUGAAAUAAACUGCUUCAAACCACUGUAACAAUAAAAUUGAAUCAGUGAAUGGAA